UGGAGAUGGACCUGCUAGAGGAUCUUGAGACCCUGAAGUUUGAGUCCGGGAUUCAUGAGGAAGACCAAAGCUGGCUGUAUUUGCUGGGCCGUUCUCACGGUCUGAUGACCAAGGCCUGCGCCCACGCAACCUUCUUCUGCAAGCUGCUCCAUAAUAUGAGGUACGCUGGGUCCCUAGGGUCAAGUUGCUUCCAUGUCCUAGCUAUUGGAAACAGUGCUGAUGACGACGCGUUAAAGGUGGGCAUCAUUGGAGGUGGCCACCUUGGGAAGCAGCUGGCACAUACCCUGCUCCAGUUCGUCCCCAUCCCUGCUGAGAAUCUGCGGAUCUCCACUCGGAGGCCAGAGACCCUGGAUGAAUUCAAGAAACUGGGAAUCCAGUGCUUUUACCAGAACGCUUCUCUGGUGGGAUGGGCCAAUGUGGUAUUCCUCUGCUGCCUGCCAUCUCAGCUGCCUAAUAUCUGCGUAGAAAUUCAAACCCGGCUUGGGAAAGACUGCAUUGUGUACAGCUUUGUCUCUGCCAUCCCAGUAUCCAGGUUGAAACUCCUACUGAAUCACACUAACAUCUUGCGGCCCCAGUAUCAGUGUGCUGAAGAUCUUGCCCACAUCUGGGGGGCCAAUAAGGAGAUCACCGCUGCUCUCCAAGACCCUGUGAUUAUUCAGGCCACCUGCCCCUACAACCCUGCUGGGGGAAUAAGCCUCAACAUCAAGUGGCUGGAGGGGAUGUUUUAUGCACUCUUAAACUUCUGCACAGCAAAGGACAUGCCCCACUCACAAGUGCUGCGGCAUUUGAGCGAGCUGUUCCCCUCCCAGCACCUCAAGGCCUGUAAGAAGGAUGAAGCAUCACCCCUAAAAUUUCAAGCCCAAGAUUUUGUCAGUAAGAUCUAUGCCAAGAACCUGUCUCAGAAACGGCCUUUCCCCUUGUUUGAUCUGACUGCUGUGCAACUCAAGGAAACUCCCUUUAGCCAGUACCUCUCAAACAGUACUACUUUUCAGGACCACUUUACCCAUCUAUAUUAUGACUCAUUUGGCAUCUCCCUAACCAAAGAACAAGAAGAGCCAGAGGUUUCCACGGGUUCUCCAUCCCAAUAAGAGAAGAGACUUCUCAGGAAUCAUGAAUUUUUCUCCUCCUAAUCAGGUAGUGCUUUGAUUAUCGCAGCUGUCAGUGGAAGUCAUGUGAUUGUCUGGUGAGUCUCAUGUGUUAGGCAACGAGGAAUUAGAAAAUUGUACUGAUGGCUCUUUAAAAUCUAGAAUAAAAAGCAGUUCUUUACAUCA